AUUUUAGUAGCAACGAAAACGUUCGUUGGACAAGCGGAAACUGCAAAAUAAACAUGGGUGUCGUUCGUGUGGCAUUGCCGUUGUGUCUGUUUUUAGCACUGCUUCGCGGUUCCUUCGCAACAAACGCUACCAAGUGUUUUGCCUGUGUCCAUGCCGACUUCCCGUCUGGUGUCCCGAACAUCUACAAUAACGAGUACUGUAAGGAUUACACCCUCCUCAGAACGGUGACCUAUGCCGGGGAAGACUGUCCAAAUGACGGCAGGGAUUACGUCUGUGCUAAGGUCGAUGGGUAUUACACAUUCGAUGUUCCUUCUGUUGGAAUCAGCGUUGUGGAUUCUACCAUACGCCGUUGCGUGGUCCGUCCAGGAAGCUUUGAGAGUACAAACCAGGGAAUUUGUGUUAACACACAAGCAUUGGAUGAAUCCACGAACGAUAUCAACCUUAUCGGAGCCUCCAGUGAUGUUGGCGAUAUCACGAAAUUCACUGGCCAGAUUUGUUACUGCAAUGGUGACAACUGUAAUUCAGCCACUACCAUUGGUCACCAGGCGUUUCUUGUUGCCUUUCUGAUCGCAGUGCUUGCUACACUGGCCAUCCGUCACUUCUGAAUGGGGAUGGAAGCAGCUCGGACAAAGUUCUUUUGAGAAAUUAGAAGCAGAGGAUUUCACUCCACUAGUAUAUUAUUUAUUUAUUGUAAAGUGUAAAGUUUCACGGGAUUUGGGGCAUUGCAUGGUGAGGUAUCUAUGUAUAUUUUUUGGUUUGCGGUAACACGUGUAUAUUAUGUACUUGCAUGGUAAAUUAUGCUCUUUUGAGAAUUUGCUGCUAAGGUUAAACAAAUAAUAAACCAGAGCAGUGUGGAGAUAGUUGUGACAAUUUAUGCGAACACAAGACAGUUUGGGUCCAAACAAACCGCAUGUACGCCCACAGGGUACCGGACUAGACUGCACAUUUGGGUUGUGCUGGAUUGAAAAUGGCGUCUAGUAAUCACGUGACCGUUCCACAAGUGCCGAAUUUCAUAUAGCAUGUAAGCGCAAAAAACUUGCUAAGCACAGAAAAGUAUUACUGGUUACCAGCCAACACUGUUGUUACUGGCUCCCCACUAAAAUUUGACUAAGCAAAUACAUUUGUCAAGCAUUGUUCUGCUCAAACAGCUUUAUGAAAUUGGACCCCUGUCGAAUUUCUCUCAAUACAUAGCUCUGCACAAUACCAUCCUACAGAAAAAAAAACCAAAUCAAAUGGGGGACUUUUUAGACGCUAGGUGGCAGCAGACUAACCAGGUAAUAUUCGC